AUGAAUGUACCCAUAGGAGAAUCCUACGGGAGGAGAGAAGAUGAAGAUCCAAACGUAAUCGACGAAGAAGCACAGCCCCUGCAAACUGGAUCUAUUGAACUUGAAGACUUCGGUAACGAUACUUUGCCAUAUCAGCAAAUACAACCUCCCCGGAGUUCCCGGAACCUUUUUGCUCAAACCUACAAUUCUUUCGCCAACUUCCUCAAAGGACCGAAUCCGCCUCGAAUACAGACAAUAACUCCAUGGUUUCCAUCUAUCCAGAACUAUCCAGUGGAAUUGCUAGACCGCAGACUUCCAACGAGGAAGCGAAAAGUUACCGCAUUAUCGAUAUUUUGCUUGGUAUGGGUUGUGCUUGUUGGAUUAAUUCUCCACAAAAGUACUGCUACCGGUAAAGUGCCAGGGACAAAUCUACCAAUCAAGCAUAUCGAUUGCGUGAAGACGUUAUGGCUCAAGGACAGUGAUUGUGGCUUAGAUGGCCUCGACUGUCGGCCCUUCAAUGGUUCCUCCCUUGCCUUUCGCUGUGACGCGAAUUGUGCCCAAGUCCAAGUUUUGAAUCCACAUUAUGUUGGCGCUCAGGAGAUUCUAUACCAGCCUCUGGUCAUUGGCGGUCCUGUCUACCGAGGUGACUCUUUUAUCUGCAGUUCUGCUAUCCAUGCUGGAAUCGUAAGCGAUAAAACGGGGGGUGUGGGUUACUAUCUCGUGUUGGGUCUCACAGAGACUUUCAGUCUACGCGAAAGAAUGGCAUUGAGAGUAUUGGGUUCGACUCAUAUUUUCCUCUGUCUUUUGAGCUUGAAGAACUUUCUGGUUUCGAUUGCCCACAAGAUCAACGCUGGAUUUUGCUGGCUCUAUCUUUGAUAUUUACAACGAUACUCUCUGUAUUCACCAGUUCGGCGUCUGUCCAAUUCUUUGUCACAUUUACCAUCUUAUUUGCACAUGUUAGCAUGAUCUCAGAUCCUCCAAGUAUCUCAGACCUCUCCGUUUCUGUACUUCAAGAGCUGUUUUCAAGCUAUGCUGGAAGCUUUUUGCCAGCUGCAUUCUGCGCCAUCGUACUCUAUUGGAUCUGUGUGCGAAACACGCUCCAUGGCUUGACAGCCCAAUUUGAAAAGACGUUACUGUGGUUAGGAGGUUGCUGGCUCGGUGCACUAUCCAAUUACACCUUCGAAUGGAUACCAAUCCAGCGUCUACGAGCGCAUGAUCUCGAGCAACAGUCAGGCGCAAAAGUAGCUCUUGCAAUCAUCGUCACCAUAAUUCUGGUAAUUGUUUUCCAACAAGCGUACUAUUUCCGCCUGGAGAACCGGCUGCUGAAAUAUCUGGCUCUCUAUGGAAUUUUGAUAUUAUCGAUAGGGAUAUGUCUCCUCCUUCCAGGCCUUGAACUGCGUAUUCAUCAUUAUAUUUUAGCUUUAUUACUACUUCCGGGGACAAGUCUCCAAACACGGCCAUCUUUACUCUACCAAGGGAUAUUUCUUGGUCUAUUUAUCAACGGCAUCUCACGAUGGGGCUUUGACUCCGUUCUCCAAACACCAAUGGCUCUCCGGGGCGACGGAGCUUUCGGAUCCGAACUCCCAUCGAUUGCUGAACCGGAAAUCUUUCUAGAUUCGACAACAUCUAAUAUUACAUUUAGUUGGGCUUUGCCAGCACCAAACUUGGGAUAUGAUGGAACCAGUAUUCUUGUGAAUGAUGUUGAGAGACAUCGAACUUAUUUUGGCGAGAGUUCGCCACCGAACGAUCGAUUUACUUGGACUAGACCUUCAGAGAUAUUAGAGUAUUUCAGAUUUGGAUUUGUGAGUGGAGGGAUGUGGUUGGAUUAUACGAAGGCGGGGAUAUGGUAUGACAAUGGGACGUGGAUAGGGCCUUAA